UAAGCGCGAUAUUUUUUUUUUCAAGUUCAACUUUUAUUCGUUAUAGGCGAAUGGUUGGAUUUUCUUCUAAACUGCAUAUGACAUUGUUGUUUGCAAAUCGGCGCGUGGUUGUGUUCUCUACGUGCUAGAAAACAUUUAAUGGGCUUUUUAUACGUAUACUUUUUUAGUUGCAGUUUAAUGGUUAAUUUGUGUAAUGACCACGUACGAACGAUAAUUACCUACGGUGAAAUUUUCGACGCUAUCUGUGAAAUUAACGUUGAUUCUAGUUAUUAAAAAUUUCAAAAUUCGUACGAUACUGUUCGCCAGGCAAGUGAUAAUCUGCGUACCAUUACCAUACGAGUACCUAUAUACCUAGUGACGUUUCGAAAAUAUUUCAAAAAAAUGGCAGCGAUCGCAGGCUGGUUCAAAUAUCAACUAGAUUUAACCAUCGAGGAUAAUGUUUAUGAUAAGGAAGUAGACUCGUGGUUUCUGAUUGAUAAUCUCUUACCUGUAAUCGGCAUACUGGCUGCGUAUUUACUAUUCGUGCUGAAAUUCGGUCCUCAGUGGAUGCAGAAUAGGAAACAAGUUCCAUUACAGGCUGCGCUUCUAUUUUAUAAUUUAGCUAUCGCCUUAUUCAACGCGUACAUGUUUCCUACGUAUUUAAGGGCGAUGACAUAUCCUUGGAAAUAUCUUUGUGUACCUCAUCCAGACAGGAACACUUUACCCUUCACCCGGCAGCUUUACAGGACUUGCUGGUAUUAUUUCAUUUCGAAAAUCAUUGAACUUUUGGAUACGGUAUUUUUCGUAUUAAGAAAAAAACAAUCUCAAGUGACGGCUUUGCACGUUUAUCAUCAUUCCAGUAUGGUUCUAUACACGUGGUUAUACUUGAAAUAUUUCAAAACUGAACAAGGUAUCGUUGUAGGAGCCCUCAACACAUUCGUUCACGUUAUCAUGUACAUGUAUUAUUUCUUAGCGGCUUUGGGUCCGUCAAUUCAAAAGUAUCUUUGGUGGAAGAAAUACAUUACUGUGAUGCAACUUACUCAAUUCGCAAUUAUAUUAACCUACCUGAUGACGUUACUAGUAAUUGAUUGCAAAGUUCAUCGAGCCAUGUCCAUGUAUAUGUUCGGAAACACGAGUAUAUUUUUACUGAUGUUUUUAAAUUUCUACAGGAAAGAGUAUUUCAAAGAAAAAUCAAAAUGUGUUAAAAAUUUCACUGAAAGAUGUAAACAAUCGUAAUUUUUCAAUACCUGUAGAGGUUUUUUUAAAUUCUUGUCUCAAUUUUUAUAAUUUUCAACUCGCGAGUAUUUUUUUAUUAUUACCUAUUAUUAUUUGUUUUUGGUUUUUAAUAUCAACCAUGAUCUAUUUAUUUGUAUUCUUAUAACAUUGUGAUAUCAUCUUAUAGCGUUGCAUUUUUUUUUGAUCAUUUUGUUUUAGUUAUCAACGUUUAGCUAUUGUAAUCAAUUUUUAAAACCAGAAUACAUUUUCACACAUUUUACAUGGAUACCUACCACCAGUAAUACGUAGGUGUAGGUAUCUGAUGUGUAAUUUCA